AUGAAUACCUCCCUCUUAUUUUCGGAAACACAUUCUAAGUACCCCGAAGUCAUGGGCUCGAUUAUGAAAUCUGCUCUGCAUAGUGUCAAAACCUUUGCAUCUGUAGUCUGCGACAACAUCUGUAACAUUCCGCUAAGCCAACUAACUACCCCUUGCUUAAAAGGGGAUAGACUGGAAAUCAAUAUUCCAGAAGAGGAAUACAAUCUCGGCGAAACAUCCGCAUUAUUUUUUUUGUUGCUAGCAGCGUCGAAACAUCGAUAUGCAUUGAUUCAGCAUCCAACAAAUCCUCUUUCGAAAGACCUUUCGGACACUUUGUUAGAGAUUUAG